AUGGGUGCAUACAAGUAUCUUGAAGAACUUUAUAAAAAGAAACAGUCUGAUGUUCUUCGCUUCUUACUACGUGUAAGAUGUUGGGAAUACAGACAAUUAAAUGUUGUACACCGAGCUUCUCGUCCGUCUAGACCUGAUAAAGCUCGUAGAUUAGGUUAUAAGGCAAAGCAAGGAUAUGUUAUUUAUCGCAUUCGUGUUAGACGUGGUGGUCGUAAAAGACCCGUACCAAAGGGUGCUACAUUUGGUAAACCGGUAAAUCAAGGUAUAAAUCAACUCAAGUAUCAACGUUCUCUCAAAGCAACUGCCGAAGAACGUGUUGGUCGUAGAUGUAGUAAUUUGCGUGUUUUAAAUUCUUAUUGGGUUAAUCAGCAUCGUGAAUCCAGAGGUCUUACUAGUAUUGGUAAGAAGAAUCGUGGAAUUGGUAAAGGUCAUAGAUUUAAUAAGACAAUUGGUGGUGGCCGUCACUCAAGUUGGUUACGUCGCAAUACAUUAUCAUUGCGUCGUUACCGUUAA